AUGAGAUCCCCAUCCCUCGAGCCAGCCGCGGCCGCCUCGCCGGUCCCCCGGGCUGCGGCCUUCGGGCGGGUCCGGGUCGCCCACGGCGCGCGGGGGCCGCGUGGCGUCGCGGGCGCCGGCGUCGCUGGGACCGCGGGCCGCCUGAGGGUGCUCGUCGCCGCGCUCCCGGAGCCCCUCCUCCACCGGCUCAUGCCCGCGCAGGAGGGCGCCGCAGCACUGUCGCCGGAGGCUGAUGAGGUGCAUGGGGACAUGGCUUCUGCCGAGAUUUCGUCACCCGCUGCUCGUGCUGUUCCUGGAAGCACAGUGCGUGUCAGAUUUGUGCUAAAAGAGCGGUGCAACUUCGGCCAAAGCUUCCAGAUGGUCGGCGACGACCCGGCGCUCGGCCUGUGGGAACCGGCGAGGGCAGUGGCUUUGGAUUGGUCUGAAGGCCACAAUUGGACAGUGGAGAAAGAUUUGCCUGCCAACAGGCUGAUUGAGUUCAAGUUCUUGCUGCAAGAUUCCCUGGGGAAGUUCCACUGGCAGAAUGGACCUAACAGAACCCUACAGACAGGUGAAACCACAAAGACAUUGGUGGUCUACGAGGAUUGGGGUAAUGCGAAGAAUCAGAAAGUAGCAGAGGAGGGAGACGCCCCGGUUCAAAUGAUGGAGGCAGUUCUCGAUGGUGAUCACGGCAGAAAUGGUGUUGUUUCGGCACAUGAGCUACAAGUGUGUGACAAUCAAGAGAUGAAAGAACCAGAUGCGCCCAUGCCGAUCCCUUGGGGCGGAGCUUUUGGCCGGGUCCGGGUCACCUACGGCGGGCAGGGGCUGCGGCGCGUCGGCAGCGAUGGCUUGGCUGGGACUGCCGGCCGCCUGAGCGUGCUCGUCACCGCGCUACCGAAGCCCCUCGAGCAGCUCGUGCCCACACAGGAGGGUGGCAUAGCACUAGCGCCGGAGGCUGAUGAGGUCCAGGGGGGAGUGGCCUCUGCUGAGAUUUCGUCACCACCUGCUCCUGCUGUUCCUGGAAGCACAGUGCGCGUCAGAUUUGUGCUAAAAGAGCAGUGCACCUUUGGCCAAAGCUUCCACCUGGUCGGUGAUGUCCCAGCACUUGGCCUCUGGGAACCGACGAAUGCGGUCGCUAUGGAUUGGUUGGAAGGCCAUGACUGGACCGUAGAGAAAGAUUUACCUGCCAACAGGUUGAUUGAGUUCAAGUUCUUGCUCCAAGAUUCCUUGGGAAAGUUCCAUUGGCAGAAUGGGCCUAAUAGAAGCCUACAGACAGGUGAAACCACAAAGACAUUGGUGGUCUACGAAGAUUGGGGUAAUGCGAAGAAUCAGAAAGUGGCAGAGGAGGGACACACCCCGGUUCAAAUGAUGGAGACAGUUGUCAAUGAUGAUCACGGCAGAAAUGGUGUUGUUUCGGCACAUGAGCUACAAGUGUGUGACAAUCAAGAGAUCAAAGAGGAUGAAUCAACUAUAAGCGAUGAUGAUAAUUCAAUGGCUGCUGCUAUUGCAUCUGUUGGAGAGGAAACAAUGAAGGCAUGUGAAGCUGAUCAACCAGAGCUAUUGAUGGGCGAACAGAAAAUUCAAGAUGAGCUUCGUUAUGAAAUAGACACAGCACCCCAGAAUGGCAGGGCUACGACGUAUGCUGAUGCUGAUGGUGAAUACGAUGAAACGACCGACGAUGAUAGUAUCCUGCCCAAGAAUGGCGCUCUGGUUAAGCAUGGGCUGGCAGGAGCUUUUGAGCGCGAGUUGCUUUGGGGUUGGAAGGCCUUGCAGCAGCUCGUGGGCUUCAAAGCGGACACAUGA